UGGAUUUUGUUGAUUGUUUUUCUGCUGCGAUGGUUAAUUGUGGUUUUUUUGAUUAAUUCAAUCUUCUUUAUUGUUUUGCAGAAUUGAUCGCUUUUUUUGGAAGGUUGUUAUCUUAAGAAUAUGGCUGAUCAACCUAUGGAUGGUAAUUCUCAUCGUGGUCCUCAUGUUUCAGUUCCUCCGAUACCAUAUGAUUAUUGGAGUCAACAACAACAACAACAGCAACAGCAACAACAACUUCAUCAACAGCAGCAGCUUAGGGUUGGAAUUCAAAAUGUAAUGGACUAUGGUCAUCCUCCAUUACCACCACCUCUUCAUCAACCACCUCCUGGUCUUUAUCAACCACCUCCACCUUUAGCAUCACUUGGACCUUUACCAAUGCAUUUACCGCCAAAUCAACAUCAUCCUAUGAUGACAACUCUCCCUCCACCACCACCAUUUGCACCACCAAAUGCUCAAAUUCAACCUACCUCAGUGCCCAAUCCUCAGUUUUUUAGCUCUGUACCACCGCCACCUCGUCCUCCGACCACUGCCACUGCACCAAUACCCCAAACACCGACUGCCACCAUACCCACUUUACCCAAGGAACCAAGUCGACCCGAUGUACCAUAUUAUGAACUUCCAGCGGGUUUGAUGGUUCCUCUUGUAAAAUUAGAAGACACUGACUAUCGACCCUUAGAUCCUGAACAAAUUAGACUUCCACCUCCGGCUCCACUCAGUGAAAGACUUUUACAGGCAGUUGAAGCCUUUUACUCACCACCCUCACACGAACGACCAAGAAAUGAAGAUGGUUGGGAACAAUUAAGUUUAUACGAUUUUUUCCGAGUUAAAUCACAAGAAAAAAAGAAGAAAGAAAUUGAUCGAAUUUAAAACUGACAUUCACAAUGUUCUGUAUUCGAUUAUCAUAAUAAAUCGAGUUUGGUAAACAAGA